GGUUCCUGUGGCAGGUAGGAGGAAGGAGGGGCGUGUCCUCUCCUGGAAAGGUAUAAAAUGAAAAGGACGGCGGGAAGGGAAACAGAAGCCGCCCGACGAAUUCCCAGCAGGAAUUCUUACGAUUUUUUCGGACAGAAGCGCUUGUUGAAAAUGCAUAAGGGCCUGUUACUCUGCGCCCUCGUGAGCCUGGCGGCGGGACAGACUAGGAUCGCCAACAACCGAGGGUAUGGGUACACAGGAGGAUCCUCAGGCAGUUUCGGCGGUGGCCUUGUGUCCGGCGGCUUCGGGAGCGGAGGCUUCGGAAAUGCAGGUUUCAGUUCUGGAGGCUUCGGAGGCCUUUCGGGAGGGUACGGAGGCGGAGGCAGCGGUUCCUGCACGUACUGGUGCCGGACGCCGCUCAAUCAGUACUACUGCUGCGGAAACAGCGGCCAGAGCAGUAAUAUAGUUGCAGUUCACCGCGGGAGAUGCCCUCAAGUACGGCCAUACUGCCCGGGUACUCGUGACGGGCCGCCGAGACCCUGCAGUAAUGAUGGCAACUGCAGCUGGCUGGACAAAUGCUGCUACGACACCUGUUUGGGCCAACACGUGUGUAAACCAGCGCAGAAUUAUUAGGGGUUGGCAUAAAUAAGGAUUAUUAAGAAAGGGAAUUCGUAGCAGAAGAGGCAAAACAAAUGGACACAUUGGGCUAGGUAUACACAUUAUUAUUGCUUUCAAGAAAAAAGUCUAAUUAUUGAUGAAAACUCAUAGAAAUUGCACAUGCUACUUCGAUAUAGAUAGACUACAUUAUUCUUUGCAAGUGAA